ACCGCCACCACCCGCAGCCCCACCUCGCCCCCCUCCAUCUCUGAUGGCUCUAUGGGGCGUCGUCAGCCUCAGCCUUCACUGCUGGGUGUGUUUACGGUCCGUAGCUACAGCAGCAGCGGCAGCACCGUCCAGCCUCCCCAACGACAAGCCCGGGGGCCCCCUGGACUGGCUCCUGUCGGAUAAGGGGCCCUUCCACCACUCCUCAGAGUACAUCGACUUCGUGGAGAAGAAUCGACAGGGUUUCUCCACCAGAUACAAGAUUUACAGGGAGUUUGGGAGAUGGAAGGUGAACAACCUGGCUGUAGAAAGGAGAGAUUUCCUGGAGUCUCCUUUACCUCUGACGCCCGAGUUCAUCAGGAACAUCCGACUCCUGGGCCGCCGGCCCACCACCCAGAUGGUCACUGACAACCUGAUCAGGAAGUAUGGCACCCACUUCCUGCUGUCAGCUACACUGGGAGGAGAGGAGGCCUUAACGAUAUUUGUGGACAAGAGGAAGCUGAGUAAGAAAGCGGAGGUGAGCGAUUACUCUGGUAACUCCUCCGCCGUGACUCUGGAGGCUCUGCACCAGCUGGCUGCCUCCUACUUCAUCGACAGGGAGAGCACGCUGCGCAAGCUGCACCACAUCCAGAUCGCCUCCACCGCCAUCAAGGUGACGGAGACCCGCACAGGUCCUCUCGGAUGCAGUAACUAUGACAACCUUGACUCCGUCAGCUCCGUGCUGGUUCAGAGUCCUGAAAAUAAAGUCCAGCUGCAAGGCUUGCAGAUGAUCCUUCCGGACUACUUGAGGGAAAGUUUCGUGCAGGCUGCUCUCAGCUACAUAGCCUGCAAUGGAGAAGGCGGAUUUGUGUGCAAGGACAACGACUGCUGGUGCAGCUGUGACCCCAAGUUCCCAGAAUGCAACUGCCCCUACAUGGACAUCCAGGCCAUGGAGGAGAGUCUGGAGAGGAUCACAGAGACGUGGGGGAUUCUCUAUAAAGAGUUUGAGGAAUCGGAUGAAUUCAAGGCGUUCUAUGCAAGGCUGCCCCAGAACUAUUUCCUCAACGAGUCGAGCAUCCAGCAUCUGUGGUCCCUGGACAGUUUGUUCCAGUGGCGAUACGAGCAGCUGGAGAACAGCAUGCGGGUCCUCUCCAGACGAGCGCAGAGGGUGAUCUUCAAGCUCUUCAGUCUCAGUAAAAGAUGUCACAAACAGCCACAAGUUCGAUUACCAAGAGACCGACCUCAGUCCUACUGGCUCAGUCAUUUCCAGUCUCUCCUGUAUUGCUCAGAGAGUAACCAGCUUGGUGCAUUCUCCGAGGAGCUCCACAGCUGCAGUUGCAGAUACGAACACAGCCCGUGUCAGCUGCCUCCGCCCUGCACUGUUGGGGAAGGCUCGGCGUGUGCAACGUGUGCAACAGACAACCACACCCGCUGCGGGAGCUGCAACCUUGGCUUUGGCUUGACGCAGGGGGUCUGCAGGCCGAUGGUGGCGGACUCCACGGAGAACUACCUGGGAUUCGAGACCGACCUCCAGGACUUGGAGCUGGGCUACCUCCUGCAGAGAGCUGACCGCAGGCUAGAGGUCCACGCCAUCUUCAUCAGCAAUGACAUGCGACUCAACAGCUGGUUCGACCCAUCGUGGAGGAAGAGGAUGUUGCUGACACUGAAGAGCAACAAGUAUAAGUCCAACAUGGUCCACAUGCUGCUGGGAGUAUCCCUCCAGAUCUGCCUUACUAAGAACAGCACCCUGGAGCCUGUCCUGACUCUCUACAUCAACCCCUUUGGAGGGAGCCACUCAGAGAGCUGGUACAUCCCUGUCAACGAGAACAGUUUCCCUGACUGGCAGGCCAAGAAGCUGGACCUACCCUUCGAGUGCUAUAACUGGACAUUGACAUUGGGCAACAAAUGGAAGACCUUCUUUGAAACCAUUCACAUCUACCUUCGGAGCAGGAUAAAGACUCAAGACGGAGUGAAUGAUAGCGUUUACUACGAGCCUAUGGAAAUGACGGAUCCUGCUCGGAACCUGGGCUACAUGAAAAUCAACAGCAUCCAGGUCUUUGGCUACAGCAUGCACUUUGACCCAGAAGCGAUCCGUGACCUGAUUCUCCAGCUGGACUACCCGUACACGCAGGGCUCCCAGGACACAGCCAUGCUUCAGCUCCUGGAGAUACGAGACAGGGUGAACCGCCUGUCGCCUCCGGGUCAACAGAGGUUGGACCUGUUUGCUUGUCUGCUCCGGCACCGACUCAAACUGACUCCCAGCGAGGUGGUGCGCAUCCAUACCUCCUUACAGGCCUUCAGCUCACGUCUGCCCAAUUCUAUGGAUUACGAGACCACCAAGCUGUGCAGUUAACAGCUACUGGAAGGGAUAUCUGGACUGUCGAUGGCUCGAAGAGAACGAAGGGACAUGCGAAUUGUGCCCAUGGUGGUUUAGAGUUGUUCUCUGUCUCUGUGGAUUACCAAACUGUUUGGUUAAUCGGGAGGGGACCAGCUGUGGACAGCUGACGAAUGUACUUAUCUGGGUUGUUUUUGGUUUUUGUUUUGUGGCAACUAACUUCAGUGCUAUAUUAUAUUAAAAUGAGGUGGAUCGGCAAGACAAUGCGCAAAACUGUUUCUCAAGAACAAACUCUAACCAGUUCAACAGUAGAAUUUCAGAUACCACCGCAUAAAGUUGAACCAUCCUGUUUCAAUAUGAUUCUGCUCAUUUAUACUGUAAGUACCAAUGCCAAACAGAAAUCAAUGGACAUUUUAUGGUUAAAAAAAAAUAUGGUACAGUAUGUUUGUUUGUAAUUUUUAUAUGUUUCUUUGCUUCGGUGACAGUGCACUUUCCAUGAAGACCAGAAUAAAGUGGUGUCAGUAAAGAUUUUGUAGAUAAAUUGAUAUUAAAACAUGA